UGCAUAAACAAUAUUCAAUGAAAAUAAACCAAAUUUUAGUACAUGUUGUUGAUGUAAACUUUAGUCCAAAUUUUACAAUUAAUUAUAUCUGAUUAUGUCGAACUAAUAUUAAUGAACCUUCUGUGUAAAAAAAAAGCAUUUGCUCUAGGGGCUCUAGGAAUAUUGAUGUACUAAAUCACAACUUCACAUUGGUGUAUUCCGUAAAUAUAUGUAUUUAGUGAGUGGUAGUGACAGGCAGUGAUAGAAGAAUGGGACAAUUAGAUAAUUUAAGAAUAUAUUGAGAUGAUCUAUUUGUGUUGAUAAUAUACGUAGUGUAAUGAUUAUAUCGUUAUAUUAAGCUUAGGCAUUUUUCUAUAUUUUUAUAAGAAGCAUAUAAGUUAGAAGUUCAAAAUGAUCGAAGGGUCUGGUUCAGGUGAACUUCAGCAAUUAGUGCAAGAGGAGGAAAGUGAAGAGCUGCCUAAUCAUGGAGGAGAAGGUACACCUCCCUCUACACCUGCCCGAUCUGGCAGUCGAUUUGGUAGAAAUGAAGCCCGCAACUUCCAUGCACCUCAACAGAGUCAAUCACUGUGGGAAACCAAUGUACCAACUUCUCCGAUAAUUAGUAAAGGAAGCUCUGGACAUGUAACCACCAGUCAGGGUUCCAUGGUGUCUGGAAAAGCUGUAAAUUCAUCUGGUCAUGGUGUUAAUCAAUCACGGCUUAUUUACCUAAAUGAAAAAGAUAAGGAUAAGCAAAGGUCAUCCAGAAUAGAUCCUCCAAGAUCAAACAGACAGCACAGAGUCGUGGCGCCAUGCAAACACCAUUGCUUUUUGUCAGAGGUACCUGAUGUUCGGCGCAUGGAGCAGGCAUUAUUACAGUUAUUGGAAGAUUUUCAUAGUGGUAACUUGCGAGCCUUUGGCAAAGACUGCAGUAUGGAACAAAUGACAGAAAUAAGAGAGCAACAGGAACGUCUCGCUCGUCUUCAUUUUGAACUAGGCCAAAAACAAGAAGCUGGAAUUAACGUUGGCAACGAACAAUCUGGUUUACGACAGUCCAGUGCCAAUAUGCGCCACUUACUUCAUCGUCUUCAACAACUUAGUGUUUGUAUAGAAAAGUUACAUAGUAAAUGAUCAUAGUCUAUGUAAGUUUUUACUAAUUUUGGCAUCUUUUGUUGUAUACUGAAUAAUUUACUACUAUUACUCUUUGAAAUGUUUUAAUGGCACAAUAGCAGGUGUGAAAACAGUUACUGAAAGUUUAACAGGAUGAUCCUAUUACUGUGUGAAAAAGUAAUGAGCAGAUUCAAGCGAUUAAUAUUUAUUUGGGAAAAGAUUACACCUACAGCGUACUAUAAGAAUGUGUUCAAUAAAUAACAAAAUAAUAAACUAUUACAUCAUAUGCAUUCCAAGUAAUAAAUAUGCAAUUUCCGAUUC